UGGCUUGUCACACUGCAGCGUUGUGAAGUACGUAAUGAAGUUACAGAAAAAGGAAAGAAACUUUGUCUUUGCGACUGUGAGCGACAGAGGAGGAAAAGGCAAAGGAGGAAAAAAACCUGAACCGCCAUGGAGGAGGAACAGGAAAAGGGGGAGCUGGUUUGUGGAAAGGGGUUUGGCGAGCGUUAGCUGGGUGACCGGUGGAGCAAAAUCCUGCUAAGGACAGCAGGGCUCCUUCUGCCUUAAAUCAGCCGCAUCUAAACACCAGCCUCUCCCCCCUCUAAUCUAAGUGAGGGCAGGCUGGAGGGAGAGCUGGCGGCGGCAUUCCCCUUCCUCUGGCUGUGCUGUGCAGCCGGGGGGGGGUCCCAGAGCCACCCGGGGGUCCCCCCCCACCCCUCGGGGGUCCCCCCGCUGCGGCAGCCACACUUGCUCCGUUCCGAUACCGAAAGCGAAACGGCCCGAGCGGCGCCCGCCUCCCCUCCCCGGCCAUGGCGGCAGCCGAGGAGCUCCAGGAAGAGGCGAUCUGCUCCAUCUGCCUGGAUUUUUUCUGCGCUCCCGUGAUGUUGGACUGCGGGCACAACUUCUGCCGGGCCUGCAUCAACCUGUGCUGGGCCCGGGCCGCCCCCUCUUGCCCUCAGUGCCGGCACCCCCUCCCCGGCCGCAGCCUCCGGCCCAACCGGCCCUUGGGCAACAUCGCGGAGCGGCUGAGGCGGCUGGGCCAGCCCGGGGGGGACGAGCCCUCGCGCCCGCGGGAUACAGAGGGACCAUGCAAACCGAUAGUUAAGAAAGGAUUUAACGAGAAGGAGCAAAUCCAGUCGCAGCUGGAGAGCCUCAGGAGAGAGAAAGGAGAACUGGAGAAACAGGAAAGGAAGGAGCAAUGGAUCUGCCAGGACUAUCUGGAAAAAGUGAAGACGGAGCGGCAGAAGAUUGUGCCUGAAUUUAAGCAACUGCGACAGUACCUGGACGAACAAGAGUGCCUGCUGCUGGCUCGACUGGGAGAGCUGGAGAAGCAGAUUACAACAAGAUUGAAGGAAAAUGCUGCUAAAUUCUCCAAGAAGAUUAUUUAUCUGAAUGGCCUGAUCAAGGAGAAGGAGUGUCAGCUGUCGGGACAUGAGUCCCUGCAGGAUGCUGGUGAUGUUUUGAGCAGGUGCGAGAGGGCAAAACUCCAGCAAAAGGAGCAGAUGAGCAAUGAGCUGAAGAAAGAGCCCGGCAUCCGGUCAGAAAAAGCUCCCAUGCUAGAGGAGACGGCAAGAAAACCUCAAGAUGCUUUGACGACUGCCGCAGGGGAAGGAGCGGAGGAAUCACAGGGACUGUACACUAAAGUGAACGUGACUCUGGAUCCAGACACAGCUCAGUCUCGGCUCAUCUUGUCAGAAGAUCAGAGAAGUGUGAUGCAGGGAGCCACUCAGCAGAGCCGGCUUGACAACCCCAAGCGAUUUGACCCGUGGCCUUGCGUGCUGGGCUGCAAGGGAUUUGACUCAGGGCAACCAUGCUGGGAGGUGGAGGUGGGCUAUGGGUCGUGCUGGGCUGUUGGGGUGGCCCUGGAGUCUGUGAAGAGGAAGGGACCGAUUGACAUGAGCCCGCUGGGGGGGAUCUGGGCGGUGGGACGGUAUAAGGAGAAGUUCCAGGCUCUCACUUCCCCAGUUCCCACCCCUGUUCUUCCCAGCAUCAUCCCCCAGAGGGUGCGGGUCUGUCUGGACCAUGGCAGGGGGCGGGUGAUGUUUGUCAACGUGGACAGCGAGGCUGUGAUUUUCACUUUCCCGCAAGCCACGUUUGCAGGGGAGCAAAUCUACCCCUGGUUCUGGGUGGGUAAGGGGUCCCAGCUCAAACUGUCCUGAGACCUGAGGAGGUGUGUCCCUCCAAGGAGGCUCUGCUGGGGCCACCCUGCCCUUCUGCAUCCCCAUCUGGCUGGUCCCUGGGGACUCUCAACGCUUACAAAUCUUCCGCCAUCUCCAUCAAUCUCCUGCCGUGAGCCUCGAGGGCUGUUGAACUCCUGUCUGCGGUGAGUGGGAAUUGCCUCGCUGGGAGCAGAAAUCCAUGGGUUUCUCCAGCCUUGGUCCUACCGCAGUGGAAGAGGCUUAGAGCAGGGUUCUGGGUCAAGAAUAAUGGAACUGUAGAAUGAUUCUAAGAAUGGCCAUUUCUGGGGAGCCAUGAGGGGGAUUGAGUGGCAUUGGAGUGCCUACUGAUGGUACAUUUUUACUUGAGGAAAUGGGCAGGUGGGUCAGGAGGAUGAAACCUUGCUCAGCAGCCCACCUGGCCACGGCGUGGUGCUCUGUAGCCCUGAAACCUGAGCAGCUUCCAUGUAUUAGUCCCUGUGGUUGGCCUGAUUUGGUUCUUGUGUUAUCUUGAGGAAACACAAGUAAAUAUUCAUCUUUUUAGGAGGUGCUAGUAGGAUUUAUGUCCCCAAAUAAUUUUGUGGGUGGAAUUAUAAUCACUGCUUUUUAAUAAAUUAGUUUACC